AUGGCUCAAAAAACGAGUCGGCUUUCUGCCGCCCUCAUCAUCCUCCAAGUACUGUUCGUUGCCCAGGGGGUGUGGCCAUCGUGCGGCGUGGCUGUCGGUGGCGGCGGUAAUGGCGACCUGUCCAAGGGACCUUGGGCGGGUGGUCCAGAGCCUGGCACGCUGGGCCUCUCCUAUCCCGCGCCCUGGUUCCAGCCCACCAUAAACGGCGCCCCCAUGUCUCAGACGCUGGGGAGCAUGGACCCGGUGGUCGACCUGAGCCAGUCGAGCGUGACUGGCCCCGGAGUCUACACCUCCAUCGGCCCGCUGGCCCGCACCGCCAAGAUCUACACCUACGUGGCCAACGCGGACGCGGGCGGUGUGGGCGUGCUCCAGACGGGCAUGCCGACCAUCUGCCCGCGCGAGGACCCCUUCUUCGGCGCGCUCGAAGUGGCCAUGUCGGAAGACGACAACACGUACCGCGUGGGGGUCAAGUUCAACAACUACAUCAAGGUGAUUAAGUUCGCCAAUGACAACUCCAUCAUCAGCGAGUUCAAGGUCAACACUCUCGGCCUGCAGGACUACAAGAACCGCGGUGCCACCCUGGCCUGCAACUCGACCUGCCUGUCGAUCCACGCCUGCCACUCCAAGACCCGCGGUACGGGCAUCUCGACAGAGCUGUGGGGCCUCGUGGCCCACGCCAACACCGCCGCGGUGGUGAUCAAGGUGCUCGACCGGGUGUGGUUCCAGCUCUACUCGGACGACGGCACGCUCCUGCAGAACGUGAACCUCAACCUUUGGGGCUACCCUCAGUCCAAUGUCCUGUCCGAGCCCGGCAAGCUCGCGUACGGCUACGCCAACUACGCCAACGCAUACUCGGGCGGUGGCUUUCCCUACAAGGUCUACUACGCCUACUACCACGCCACGGAGGGCGGGUGCGACCACCAGGGCGAGCAGCUGAUCAUCAUCGACCCCACCAACUGGAAGGCCUGCGCUGCGGGACGCCCCAACUGGAAGACCGCGACCAGCGCCACGGAUGUCGCCGUCGCCCUGGCCUGGGCCGGUUCACACUCCUUUGCGCGUCGCUUGGUCAAGGUGAAGACAGGAUGGUCGCUCGGAGGAGACAUCAUCGCCCUGGCCGUGCUGGACUAUCCCUACCAGCGUAGCCCCCAGCACCCGGGCAAGGGCGGCAUCGAGCUCCUGGGGCCGCACAACGGGCAGGUGGCGUCUACCUACUGGUUUCCCGACGGCUGGACCCAGACCCUCAUGGGCGACUGGGUCUACCCCGAGGGCGGGUGGAACCGUAGCUCAGCCCUCCCCGAAUACCUCAUCCUGGGCUCCUACUCCCAGCAGUACUGCCCUACCUACCUCACCAACGGCGCGUGCGGCGGCUUCACCGCCUGGUUCGUCGUCGUCCGUGGAAACCACGCGGACGUUGACAACAAGCCGGUGGUUUACAGGAAGCAGAUGACCCCGGACACUGCAAGCAACAUUGACAUCAUCGCCACCCACCUGGCCCGCGUCGGCGUGGAUCGGUACCUCUACGCGUGGACGAAACGUACUCGUAGCCCGGCCUCCGGGGGGUGCGUCGGCGUCCCUUCACUGAUCCAGAACUACAUGGCGAUCAUCGACGGCCUGGGCAACUUCAUCUCGCCGAUCGAGGAGGUCACCAACCUCUUCACUUGGAGCCACAUGACCGAGUUCCGCUCCAACGCCAACGGUGACGUGUUCUGGGUCCAGUCCUGGCUGCAACACGCAAGCGACACGGCGUCGGGCAACGUGGCUGGUGCGCCGCGCUACAGCCGCGACAUGAGCGAGGACACCAACAAGAUCUACAUCGUGCGCAUGAACGGCCUGGCCACGGCCAACACCUCGCCGUCGGCCUCUCCCACCAUCUCCGGCUUGCCCUCGCUCGAUAACGCCUACGGUAUCUCCCACGAGAUCGGUCACACCUUCGGUCACGCGCACGCCCUCCGUCACGCCCUCCGUCACGCCCUCCACAUCAGUGUCGCCCUCGGUCACCCCCUCGCAGUCGGUGACCCCGUCGGUAACGCCCACAACGUCGAUCACCCCCUCAGGCACGCCGACCCGGUCGCCCACCUCCUCGCCGACACCCUCGGCCUCGCCUUCGCAGGUCUCGCAGUCACCCACACCGUCGAUCACGCCCCCCCAGUCGCCCACGCGGUCGACCACGCCCACCCAGUCGCCCACGCGGACAUCGACCCCUACGCGAUCCCCAUCAGUCAGCCCGACGGGCACGCACGUCACCCGGACCCCAACGCCCUCGCGGUCGCCCUCCCGAUCGACCACGCCCAGCGCGUCCGGCACGCGUCUCCGACGUCGUCGCCCGGCAGCGGAGUCGCUAGCGGCGGCGAUGGUGAAGGCAUCACCAGCGGCAGCUCGGGGGAUGAUGUGGGCGUGGCCGCGGGCGUGGCCGUACCAAUCUCGAUCAUCGCCGCCAUCGGGAUUGCGGCCUUUGUGCUCUUUCUCGUCUACCGCUUCCGGCGCCACCGACUGCCCGAUUCCACCCCGCUCCAUGACAAUAUCGCGUUGCAGCACGUCAACAGCAUGUACUCUCCCCAAGCGACGGGCUUCCGCGCCGAUCUGUAA